UAAGCUGGAGCAGAUCACAAGAACUCUUUCAUUUCAUUAUCGUCACUCUCUUCGUUUCCCUUCUUGGGACAGUCACUCUUUUUGUCUUCUGCAAAGACAGUCGUUCUUUAUAUUGCUUCAAUCCUAUACCUUCAUUUCACUUCAUACGACCAAUACGACCAGAGAUCUAGUUCAAGAUGGUUAACCCUCUCCACAAUGGAGUGGCCACUGGUCUCUUGGCUUCCUUCCUCAUCCAACAGGGUCUGGCUUUAGAACUGACCGCAUUCAACCCUUCUACAACAACGAACACGCAGGUCAAGGUGGCGGCGGCUGGGACUGAAGUCCAAACUCAGGACUAUUCCAGCGUUGAUCUGCGAACUAGUCACUCGUUCUACUGGGGUGCUUCUAGCGGUGGCGGGUCCACCUUGGGUAACCUGACUCUUGUGGACGAAAGCAUUCUCCCCAUGGAGUCUUUCAGCGAUAUGCUGGAGAACAUUCAGUGCACCAAUUCGAGUAUUACCUUGGGCUUCUCAGAUACAGAUGCGUUCUCCUAUGCGAAGAACUCGUGGACUUGGGUGAACAAGGCUGCCAACAACUCAUUUCUUAUGGUGGCUGGCGUCCAGCAAUGUAGCUGGAACACCCAACGUGUUCCUUUCGUCAUUACGGCUGCCAACUUUCAAGACAACUCUACAGUACGUUUGGCCGGUAAAUCGGCGACCUGGGAUGAUGUCCUUCGAAACCAUGAGAUCACCAUCGGCAAGGCCCCGAGUGACAUGGCAGUCGAGCUCACCAAGCGAGGCAUAACUUCAGGAACUAAGUCUGGUUCGAUCAGUAUUGAUAAAACCGCGUCCGACAAAUCAGUGAAGAUCUUCUCGAAAGACGACCUCACGCUCAGCGCUGAAUGCAAAUCGUGCGGAACUAGUGGUGAAUUUGACGUUGAAUUCAAGUACAAAGUGAAGCCAAGUGGCAGCGGUUUCUUGAGCGAGAUCGGAAGCGCGUUUUCCGGAGAUUGGGAUGUCGAGACCGCGGAACUUACGCUUACACCGAAGGAUGUCGAGCUAGACAUCACUCCUGCUCUGGACCUGAGCGGAAACCUGACCAAAUCCUACUCGGAUGAAGCGCAGAUUGCUGCAUUGACCCUUGAGGGAAUUAAAAUCCCGGAUGUCUUCACCCUGGACGUGCAGCUUGCUUUCGACAUCGGAGCCAGCGCUGGUCCCGUCAAUGGCGAUGCGUCCAUCUCCUAUCCCAUGAAAAUCUCGCUUGACAAUGAUGCAGAGGCUGUUCUCGACAUUGCGAACAAGAAGGUCACGCACAAGGACUGGACCCCGACCAUCACGACUUCUGGCGUCCAACUUGAUGCUGAGAUCGACGCCACCCUUGAGGCUUAUGUCAAGGCUUCCCUCGAGUUGGUCCUUUCUGUCGGCAGAAAAUGGGGAUACGAAGCCGGUAUCUAUCUCAAGCCCUACCUGGCAGUAGACUUCACUGCCGAAGCAUCCACGAGUGGCACUUGCUCGGACACGUCCAAGAACUACCACUAUGCGAUCGAAGUGGAACCUUAUGCUGGAAUUGAGCUCGGCGCAGAGGUGGCUAAAGUGAGCGACGAGGGUAACCCGAUUGCGGAUGCCACUCUUGCAUCCUUCACCAAGUCCAUGUCGUCGACCUGCAUUGGUUUCGACAGUAUCACUUCGACCAAGACUGCCACAUCCACGAAGACCAAGUCGACUGAUGAAUCCUCGUCCGACGAUGAGACUUCUACCAAGUCCAAGUCCAAGUCUAAGUCCAAGUCGUCCACCAAGUCAUCCACCAAGUCAUCCUCCAAGUCGGCCUCCAAGUCGGCUUCCAAGACCAAGUCUCACCCUAACAGCGCAUCUGCAUCUGCUACUCCAACCGGCCACUCUUCCACCCACAAGCACACCUCCAGCUCCACCAAGUCUUCGGAAACCAGCAAGUCCACCAUCACGUCGUAUCCUAAGACCACCUCGGCUAAAGCCACGAGUUCCCACGCAGCUGCCAGUUCGUCUGCUCACAGCGUGCACAACCACGGCCGCAGCUUCAGACAGCAUGGCCGUAUCUAAGCAGGUUCAUGGAAGUUAUGAGCUGAUGCUGUCUCUGACAGUUACCUUCAUGUUAUGAUUUCAUUUCUUGUCCGUGUGUGCGCAUGCAGGCAACUGUACUAUUUAUUAUAGAUUAUUUGAUUGGAUGUAA